AAGGGUUACACCCCUGAGAUAUAAACCUGCAUUAAGCUUACAUGAGUUUCACAAGUGCGCUGGUCUCCGCGCUGUCCAGUUGGAUUCUCCUGACCCGCGACGAUGCUGGUCGGGCUCCUCCUCGGCCUCGGCACCCUUGCCUUCUGCAGCGGGUCGUACUUCGUCACGACCCCGAGGCGAUGGAUUCCCGGAGAAGAGAAUCAGCUCUGCAUAAACCUCCAGAGCCCAGAGUCUCCCGGGGGGCGCCUCAGCCUCAGCAUGAUCACACCGAACGGCAGGUCGUAUAAGGAGGACACUAAUACCACGAUCCUGCCCACGCAAACGCUGACGGUCACUGCAGGGCAAUACCACCAGUGCCACAAAUUUCGGCUCCCUGAAGGCGAAUUCUACCGCGGCUACCUGAGCCUGAACGGAGUCCUGGACGGCGCCAGGGUCGAUGAGACGGUGGAGGUCUCCCUCAGGAGGAACAGGAACCUGACCUUCAUUCAGACGGACAAGUACCUGUAUCAGCCGGGACAGGAAGUCAAGUUCAGGAUACUUACCGUUUACGGAUGGAAAGCCUUCGUGUCCAGGGAUGAGUACCCCGAGGUGUGGGUAACGUCGCCGUCGCGGACCCGCCUCGCGCAGUGGAAACGCGUCGACAGCUCGGCCGGCCUCGUCCACCUGACCUUCCAGCUGGCCGACGAGCCCGAGGAGGGCACAUACACUAUCAACGUGCGCGGCGCUGACCAGACCUUAAAUACCAGGAUCUUCAAGGUAGAGGAGUACGUCCUGCCCCGCUUCGAGGUCCAGGUCACACCGCCCAAGUACAUGCUGGCAACUGACAGCAGAUUCACCUUCAGAGCCUGCGCCAACUACACCUUCGGGCAGCCAGUCAAGGGCAAGAUAACACUCGAGGUCUCCAACAACGAGCGAAAACGAUGCCUGUCCAAGUACAAGAAGACGGUACUGGCCACAGGCUGCCACGACUUCGAAGUGACGGCCGACGACCUGCGCAUCAUGGACUGUUCCGUGUACAACGUGCGUGCGACGGCCAUCGUGGAGGAGGAGGGAACCGGAGUCACCUUCAACGCCUCCGCCUUUGAGAGCGUCCGCCGCACCGCCGUCACACUGAAGGCGGUGCGAGAGGACGCCUACAAGAAACCCAACCUGCCCUACAUCCUUCGGGUGCAGGCCUCUCUACCCGACGAUACCCCUGCCCCGGGAGUGCCCAUGGAGGUAUGUUACGCGGGCCGCUGCAGGAACAGGACCACGGACGCCGAAGGGAAGAUCACGGCUGUAAUCCUGUCGGGAAAUUUCAACAGAAUCAUCAUGUCGACCUUGGACUGCCGCGCGGAGAUGAACCCGAGUGUCUUCUCGAAGGAGCUGGAGCACUACUACUCGCCCUCCAACUCGGCGCUGCAGAUCCAAGUGCCCGAGGAGUCGAUAUCCUGUACUCCGGGAAAGCACCAGAGAUACCUUGUCGAUAUCCUGUACUCGGCUAAUAACACGGCGUCGACGCGUCUGAACGGCCAGAUCAUAGCCCGCGGCAAAGUCCAAAGGUGGUGGACCGUUCCCGUAGACUUCAAACCGGCUCGCAUGCCCUUCGAUACCCAGCAGUUGGUGGAGGAACCUUACACGCCCGCCCACCCCAUUGUAACGGGCGUCAUCAGAGUCCCCAUCACCAUUACACCCACAAGCUCGCCCACAGUACAGGUGCUAGUAUGGUACACCCGCGAAGACGGCGAAGUGGUGUCUGACGCGGCGGAGUUGAAAGUGGACCCGUGUUUGCUCCACGAAACGCGCCUCACGUGGAAGAGCUCGAGGGAACAGCCGGGGGAGGAAACAACGCUGUCGCUGCAGGCUAGGGGAGAUUCCAUCUGCUCUGUCGGCGUUGUGGACAAGAGCACCGAGCUCCUGAAUCCAGACCCGGAUCCCAUUAAGCUGGAGAGGAUUAGCAACUACCUGGGUGGCUACACUAUCUCCCCGUGGCUUAAUUCACAGAUCGAUGACGCAAAAUACUGCGAGAACAAGAUUUUCAGACAGGCUGGCGUUCAACAGGAUUCUGGACCUGGAACGGAAGACAUACUUCCUCCAUAUCGGCGACGAUACUACAGCGAGUAUGUCGACUCCCUCAAGAUGUUCAGUGAUUCUGGUCUAUACGUCUUCUCCGACCACACCCUUGAGACGAAACCUUGCGAGGAAGAUGAGUGGGACUUCUACGACCGCCCCUACCCUGAUAUGCCGGUCUUCGCCAACGGGGUCGCAGCGGGUAUGUCCCCGGACCGCGAAUUCGACACAGCUACCAGACCCGAGGACGAGGCACGGCAAGGGAACCGACCGAGAACCCGAUUCCCGGAGACAUGGUUGUGGGACAUCGUUGUGCUCCGUGAGUCGAGCGGCGUCUUGAGCCAGAGCGUGACUGUUCCCGACACCAUCACGGAGUGGGUUGGCAAGGCCGUGUGCGCCCAUCCGGAAGUGGGCGUCGGGCUGUCGGAGAAAGUGUCCAUCACGGCCUUCACGCCCUUCUUCACGGACCUGACCCUCCCGCCCUCCGUCAAGCGCGGCGAGAUCCUUCCCGUCAAGAUAUCAGUCUUCAAUUACCUCGCGCAGCCUUUGCCGGUGACGGUCCACCUUCUGGAGAGCCCCGAGUAUGAGGUGGUGGAGGACCCGUCGUUGCGAGGAGCCGGGAACCGUAGGUCGGCUUGUGUAGCACCGCAGGAUAAGGUCGUGCACGUGAUCAAGAUCCGGCCCCUGGCACUAGGCGACGUCAAUCUCACAGUGUCGGCUUUCACGGACACGAGCGGCGUCUCUUCCUGCGGGGUCGGCCGUCCGGUUCAGAGGAGAGACACCCUGAUUAAACCAAUCAGGGUAGAAGCCGAAGGAUUUUUAAGAGAAAAGACGUUUUCCAAAUACGUGUGUGCUGAUGAGCUGAGGGACGAGCCGGACUCGGCCGUGGUGUGGGAGUUGACACCGCCGCAGGACAUCGUGCCGGACUCAGAGCGCGGUUGGGUCACGGUCGUCGGGGACCUGCUCGCGCUCUCGCUUCAGAAACUCGGCCACCUCAUCCGCUUGCCCUCCGGCUGUGGCGAGCAGAACAUGAUCAACUUCGCCCCCAACGUCUACAUGAUGCAGUACCUGACGGCGACGGAGCAAAAUACAGUAGAGAGCACAGAGAAACUUCUUAGGUUUAUGAAGCUGGGAUACCAAAGGGAACUGCUUUACCUCCGCAGCAACGGCUCCUACAGCACCUUCGGUUCCGCUGACGACUCCGGCUCUACUUGGCUCACGGCCUUCGUCCUCAAGUCCUUUGUUCAAGCAAAGGAAUUUAUCUACAUCGAUGAUUCCAGCCUGAACCGAACCAGAGAUUGGCUAGUGAGUUCUGAGCUGGACCGCAGCGGCUGUGUCAUCCCCGUGGGGAAGGUCAUCAGCAAAGGCCUCAAGGGAGGACUGCAGGGCAAGGGCUCGCCCGUGCCGCUGACGGCCUACGUGCUCAUCGCCCUCCUCGAGGCCGGUGUGUCCGCCAACGAUCCGAUCGUCACCCAAACGACGCGCUGCGUGUUAGACGACACAACCAGGGACCCCUACACCAUCGCCCUCAAGGCCUACGCCCUCGCCCUGCAUGGGCAUCCCCGGUAUACGGCCGUCCUGCAGCAGCUGCUUGAGUUAGCCAUCGAGGACGACGAGGGCAUGCACUGGGAGCUGCAGCGGCAGUUCUACAGCAGCAACUCCCUCGCUGUGGAAACGGCGGGCUACGCAAUCCUGGCCAUGAUGGCCAAUCCCGAGAGGUACUUACUGGACGCGAGGAAGAUCGUCAAGUGGAUCACCACCAAGAGGAACGGAUACGGAGGCUUCUACUCCACGCAGGACACAAUAGUGGCUCUGCAAGCCCUGGCCAGUUACGAGGCCAACACAUAUGAGGGUAAGCUUGACCUUGUGGCCACAGUGACAUCCUUCAGCUUCCGCGAAUCGGAGAAGUUCCAACAAACGCAGCAGUUCCAACAAACGCAGCAGUUCCAACAGUCACAGAAGUGGCAGUUCAAACGGUCCGUAUCCACUGUCGGUAACCUUGUCCACGAAUUCACCAUUAACGAGGACAACAAACUUCUGCAACAACAAGUGAGUCUCCCGGAGUUCCCCACCUACGUGAAGAUCACCAUGGAGGGGCAGGGAUGCGCCGUGAUGCAGGCUGUCCUUCGCUACAACGUCCCCAACGCCGAGCCGAGCGACGCUUUCAGCCUCAAGGUCGACGCCGACAACGCCCCCGGGAGGGACUGCAAGCGCAAGCGAAUCCGCGCCUGCUCCGCCUACCUCCUGCCGGACGGCGAGUCCAAUAUGGCCGUCAUCGAAGUGAACCUCAUAUCCGGCUUCAUCCCCGUGAAGGACGACCUGAGGGCCGUCUUGUGGCGUAACCCAAAGGUCGUGAAGCGCUAUGAGGUGGACGGCAGCAAAGUGUCCUUCUACAUCGAGGAGUUCACGGCGGAGGAGGUGUGCGUCACCUUCAACGCCUUGCGCGAGGUGAAGGUCGAGAACACCAAGCCGGGAACCGUGGUCGUCUACGACUACUACGAGCCCGAGUUCGCCGUCAGUGCGACAUACACCUUCCCGUACCUCGAUGGAUGUGAUUGAUGAGACUCGAGUGCUUCUUCGCCAUUCGACAGACACACACGCAAACACACACACACACACACGCACACACACACACACACACGCACACACACGCACACACACACACACGCAAACACACACACACACACACACACGCACACACACACACACACACACACACACACACGCGCGCGCGCGCACGGUUAUAAACUCACACGAAAACUCACGGACACACACAUUCAAACACAUACAAAUACAUACACACACACACAAGCAUAACUGCCAGUUUGAUAAACAAAUCAGAAUAUCACUCCUUCAGCAAAUAAAAUUAUUCAAGCAGAAA